ACCCGGCAGGCUGUUGUGAUCCCUCGUUCCGGUCGGCUCGGCUGUCUUUCAGAUUCUAGCCUCAACUCGGAAAAAAAAAAAAAAGAAACUUUUACAAAACACGUAAAUAUAAAACCGUUUAAUUAAAUAAUAUAUCAAAAAUAUAAAUAAACAAUCAUGCGAUAAUAUAUUUUUAAUGUUUUAUUAUAAAUUUAAUUUAACUUAAAUAACGUAUUUAAAGUUAUCGCAAUUCGAUAAUCGAUUUGUGUGGCGUCGUAUAACCGUUGGAAAAAAACUUUUUUUUUUUUCCACAAUUUUGUGAGCACGAGUUUUUAAUUCACCGACGAUUUUAUUAUUUUUUUAGAUUUAAUUAUUAUUAAUAUAAAUAAUUUAAAAAAUGGCCACGAUACGGAUUUAUGAAGAUCAAGAAAAUCGAAUUACUGAUACUAGACGUAAUAAAGAUAAUAAUUUAGUAUUGAAGGAUCAUAAUCAACAAGGACAACCGGGAUUACAACAGCAAAAACGUGCGGUAUUGGGCGUCCUUCAUAACAACUGCCAUAGGAAUAAACCUGAAAUUACAAAGGAUGAUAAAUUUAGCAAAACAAAAGCUUAUAUACCACCACAAUUGGAAUUUAAAGUUUUUGAUGACAAGCGUGACGCGCCAUUCAAAGUAUACGAAGAAAAAGUUGAAGAAAAACAACAACAACAACACCACCAGCAAAAAACAUUAUUAUUACGUGAUCAUGAAACUCAAGUACAGGUAAAACGUAUAACAGAAGUAACUUCAUCAUCAACAACAACAUCAACAUCAACAGUAUCUAUAAAAGAUAAUGAACGUCGUCCAGUAUUGGAAGUUAAUCCAGUCAGUAUUGUACCAGCAUAUCGUCCAGUUUUACAGGAAAUAAUUGAUCCUACUAUUGAAUUAUGUAAACGCACCAACGAUGAUUAUCAUCCGGCAAGUCCGAUGUCAUUGGACAAAUCAAUAGCCUCAUUGAUGUCUAUUGAGUCAGCUAAAAAAGAAUUGAGAAAUAAACGUGACAGUGCUAAGGCAUUAAAAAAUAAUUUUUAUGAUGUUGAUGAAUAUCGAGCUGAUAUUUACAAUUAUUUGCGUAUCGCUGAGACACAUCAUCGACCAAAACCAGGUUACAUGAAAAAACAACCAGACAUAACGUACGCAAUGCGUUCAAUCCUCGUUGACUGGUUGGUUGAAGUUGCUGAAGAGUAUCGUUUACAAUCAGAAACUCUUUAUUUAGCUGUAUCAUACAUUGACAGAUUUUUAUCUUAUAUGUCGGUAGUACGUGCUAAAUUACAAUUAGUUGGUACUGCAGCAAUGUUUAUUGCUGCUAAAUAUGAAGAAAUUUAUCCACCAGAUGUUGGUGAAUUUGUUUACAUUACUGAUGACACGUAUACUAAAAAACAAGUAUUGAGAAUGGAGCAUUUAAUUUUGAGGGUAUUGUCUUUUGAUUUAACGGUACCAACCCCAUUAGCUUUUAUACGUGAUUUAUGUAUCAGUAAUAAUUUGUCUGAUAAAAUUUUAUAUCUUGCUAUGUACUUAUGUGAACUAUCAAUGUUGGAAGCAGAUCCGUAUUUACAAUUUUUACCAAGUCAUUUAGCAUCAUCGGCAGUUGCUGUCGCUCGUCAUACAUUACAAGAAGAAGCAUGGCCACAUGAAUUAGAAUUAGCAACAGGUUAUAGUUUGAGUGAUUUAAAAAAAUGUAUUAAAUACUUAACAGAGACAUUUAAUAAUGCCGGUAAUAUUCAACAACAAGCGAUACAAGAAAAAUAUAAAAGCAGUAAAUAUGCUCAUGUUGCACUAUUAUUACCACGUAGUACUGAGGUAUUAGCUUACGAUGAUGAUGAUUCUGAAAGUGCUUGAUUAUUAAUUAUUAGUAGCUGAGUUAUUUUUUAAUAAUUAAUUGGUUAAUUAAUUAAACAGUUAAAUUGAUGUACUAACGAACCUCAAUGUCUUUGGAGGGAAUUAAUAUUAUUAUUUUUUUUUUUUUUAAUUUAUCCAAGACUGGUCAGCUACUCUAUCAAUUAUCGGUAUUUUUAUUUCAUUUUUUUUUUUAUUCUAUGGAAAAAAAAAAAAAAAUACAUAGUAAAAAUUGUUUGUUAGUAUUUUUAAUAGUAAUUGAUGCAUUUAAUAAAUGAGGUGAAAAAAAAAUUUCGAGUUGAUGAUAAAUUUUUAGUAAAGUAAUUUCUCAUUGAUAUUUAAAUUACUAUAAAUAUAUACGUAUUAAUUUUAAUUGUAAAAAUAAUUAUUUUACUAAUUCGUAAAUCAAAACCAUAAAUAAGAUGAUUUUUUUUCUUUUCUAUAUUGAUACGUAUAUUGGAGUGCUAAAAAAAAAUAACAUUUUUUGGUAACAGU